GACACAAUUUGCACCUGGUAUUGCAGGAGACACCGGGUGAUGUUCUGGUGUGGCGCCUUACUCCCAAUGGUUGCUUCUCUCUUAAAACAACUUAUGACAUCACAUGCGAGGAGAAAUAACUGGGGGGAACCCACCUAAUUUGGUGUGCCAUUUGGAUCAUCCCAACCACCUCGAGAGUCUGAUCUUUCUUUUGGUUAGCGCCCAUUAUCGACUGCUGACUAACAAUGAACGUUUGUGACGUCACCUAGCUUCGGAAGCUCAGUGCCCUAUGUGUGGUGGGAAAGGCGAGAAAUGCUACAUGUUAUACAAGAAUGUCCCUUCUUGCAAGCUGCUAGGGCGAAAGUCAUUCAGAAUGAGCCUGAUGAUAUUUUCUUCCAGGUUGACCAGAUUAGGUGGAUGUUACUCUAUCUUGCAGGAAGGAGCUCGAUCAUUCACCCCGCCAGGUUUGUUGUAAUGUGUUGGAUGUUGUGGAAGAAUUAUAAUAAUCUCACAUUUCAGAAACACAUGGACACGACAGAUAGAUUAUGCUGCAGAGUUCACGCCCUUCAGCAGCAAAAUCCAAGCGGGAGCUGAGAAUUCGGCCAAGCUGUUUGAGAGUGGUAGUACAUAUAGGAGAAAACUGGAAGCAUGGACACCCCCCACCAUUUGGAUGGCCAUGUCUCAAUACUGAUGGUUCGGUAGUGGCGGGAAAAGCGGCAGCAGGGGGAGUGAUCGGAGGUGAUGAUGGAUCUAAUCAAACUUAGUUAAACACGCCCGAACCUGUAAGUUUUAACUAUUUGAUUAGAUAAACCGAGUCAACCAAACCGUUCUAGUCUCCACCUUCCACAAGCACUUCCACUCUUUAAUUUUGAAAGUAUAUUCGAGUCAACCAAUAGAUCUCGAUUUGACUAGACAAACCUUAACAAAUUUGCUCAACAAAGACAAAAGACGACCCCUAGACAACGUCUAUACUAAUAAUAGUUAUUCUACUAUGUAAUCAUCAUAAUAGUUAUUCUUACCGCAUAAUAGUUGUUCUUACUAAUUAUAUAGAAAACAACUAUUAUGCAGUAAGAGUUUCCUUUCUCACCCCUACCCACACACAUUUCUCACCUGCUGGCUUUGUUUCUUCCACUCCUCUCUUGUGACUUCUCCCCUUAUUCGUUUCCUUUCUCACUCUCUUCUUUCGCACAUUAGCAGUCAAUCCACAGAAAGCAGACAAGGUACUUCGAGUGAGAUGCCUUACUUCAAGCCUAUUAUCUUCCCCCAUAAACUUGACGCUUUUUUCAGUUCCUUUCUUUCUAGGUUUGGCUUAUUGCUCUGUAAAUGCUAGUGAUUUUUUUCCUUUCUUUUCCCCCUUUUUGUGAUAAUAGAAGCAUGUUCUCAAGGUUAACAUCGACUUUGAAAAGGCUGCCAAACGAAAGUGAAGAAAAUGCUUAUGAAGAUUGAUGGUAAGUGAAGAAAGUGUUUAAGAAAAAAUAAGUAGCAACAUAAGAUUCACUCUUAAUUUCCUUUCUUGAAUAUUUAGUAAGAGUGGCGUUCAUUCGGACUCAGGUGUGUACUCCAUAGACAUAAAUGCAGAAUCCAGGUGGUGACCAUGUCAGGAACUGUGGAUUCUUCCACUUUAAUCAAGAGGUUGAACAAAGCUGGCAAGUACGCAGAGCUUUGUUGUUCAAGGGAUACGUCCAAAAAUAGUCAAACUCAACUUCAACCUCAUGUGCCGCAAUAGUAGUGCAACUUUCCUUUGCCCAAUGGUAACCAGAAAAAUGGGACAGAUUCUGCGGGCACCACAACUCCUGGGAAUUUAGAUGUUGUGGCCAUGGUAGGAAACUUCAACAGCAAUGCAGCAUCACUAAUAAGGCCUACUACAAUAAGCUUUUAUGGCAUCGGUCAAAAUUCUUUCGAAUUUUCCGCGAUGCCGCCAACUUAUGAGCCGACUCAUCGAGCAUUUAUGAAAAUUGUCAACAGCUAACAAGGCUCCUACCAUAACUUCCCGUCUGCAAAUAUGAACAAUUCCACCUAUUUUGAGAAUGAUCAUGCGAGUUUCAGUGAUUAUCUACCUCUAAUGAUGAAUCAUGCCCUGCCGUGACCGCCAGCUAUUGUUCCAAACCUCAAUGCAAUGAUUAGGGGGAGUCAGGAGUGGAUAGGGUGCUAACACCAUUAAGUGUAUUAUACUAAUUUCCCUUCUCCCUUCCCCUUCCUCUUCCUUUUUCCUCCCCCUUCCAUUUACGUAGUUUUCCUAGAUUUCAUUUAUAAAUUACAGUUUUAGUACCUGAAUUUAAUAGGCAUUAAUAUUUCAUACCUAAUUUUAGCACUCAGCCAACGGUUAAGUUGCUGGAUUGGCAACAGUGGCUGGAACGUAUAUCCAAGCUUGAACUUCGAUAUGGGCCCAGGUUAUUUGUGUCGCCGUAUGGCUGCGGCCUUUUGACAUUGGGGUCUUUUUCUAUUGGGCUUGUAAUCUUCUUCCGGGCCUGCCUUCCUAUGCUUAAGCCCAUAUAUUUAAGAAUAACCGUAGGUCGCGUCCGCGGGUUCGAAAGUAGAACGUUACUAGAUUAGGGCCCGGCCUCUUGGUCGGGACAGUUUGACUUUCAUGUAUAUGUGUAGUAAAUAUUGAUGUAUAUUUUUAUUAUGGUUCAUGUUAUUGGGGAUUGAAGUAACUAUUUAAUUUCUCCAUGAAUAAUAUAGGAAAGUAUUUAAUGUAUUUGACUAAUGAAGUUUAAAAAAUGAC